GAGUGCUUUACGGCUUAUAGGGAGGAAGAAUAAUUUCAGGGAACUGAGAAGUCUCGGCGUCUCACCAUUCACUAUUGAACUGAGUGAGAAUGGAGGAAGAAAGCUAUGGUUCUAGCGAAAGAAGCUCAACUUCCAGCGAGGAGAGCGCUCCCUAUUCCACUGAUAAUUCCAGCCAUGCUACAGACCCCAUGAAUUCUGAAGAAGAAGAAGAAGAGUCAAGCUCAAGCGAUGAUUAUCCAAGCAAGCGCCGCAAACAUGGACCAAUCGUAGAAGAAGAAGAUCGAAUCAGCACCUUACCUGACUCCAUCCUCCUCACCAUUCUCUCCUCUUUGUGCACUAAAGACGCUGUCAGAACAGGCGUUUUAUCCAAAAGAUGGGCCUAUCUCUGGACCUUCGUUCCCUCUCUCCGUUUCACAGAUUAUUACUUCCGACACGCCGCCGAUUACGCCAGUUUUGUGGAUAAUGUCCUGCUCCUACACAGAGCUUCGAAACUCACAAAUUUCUCCGUCGAAGUCGAGUACAAUCCAGAGCUAAAGCCUCGUGUCGAUCUUUGGGUUCGUUUCGCCACAACUGCCAAGGUAGACCAACUUAGUCUACUUUUAUCAUCUUGUUUUUACAAAUUGCCCCAGCAUCUCUACGCCAAUGAGUUUGUUUCUGAGUUGGAUUUUAGAGCUUGCGAAAUUAAGCCUAAUGGGUUAGUACGUUGGAGUUCACUCAAGCGCUUGUGUCUUUGGAAUGUGGCUUUGCCCAAAGAUGUGCUAAAUAAAGUGUUAUUGGGUAGUCCUAGACUUGAAUUCUUGGAAUUGCGUAAUUGUGAUAAGUUUAAUCGGUUGGAUAUUGUGUCCGAGAGUUUAAAAAAAUUGGUGAUGGAUUCUUAUUGUGAAGACGGGUUGGAAUUGGAAAUUGUUGCUCCAAAGAUCGAGUCUUUAGAAAUUAUAGGGGAAUUUUAUGGUAUGAAGAAGUGCCAGAUAAAGAACGCUUCGGCAUUAGUUGAGGUUAGGGUCGAUUUCGAAAUAACGAUGGAAUAUGAAGAGGAAGAGCAGGAGGAGGAUCAUUAUAAGAACUGUGAAAACGUUGUGAGGGAACUUUUUGAGAGUCUGCAUCAAGUCAAGAAACUUAUUGUUGGCAGAUGGUGUCUCAAGGUUCUGUCUAUAAUGUCAGUGAAACAUCUGUCUUGUCCGGUGUUAAAUUGCAAAUGUCUAACGAUGAAAACAAGCAUGGAAAAAUGGAAUCUUCCUGGCAUUGCAAGCCUGCUUCAAAGUUCACCUUAUGUGGAGACAUUGGUUAUAGAUAUCAUAUUCUCCAACCACGACUCAGAGUUUCUAGACAGAAUCUAUGAUGAAGUGAACCAUUGGAAAUCAAAAGAGGUCUAUUUCAAAUCUUUGCUACAAUGCCUCAAGACUGUCAAGAUUUUUGGUUUUGGACAAAGGUUCCACACAAAGGAUGUAUUCAUUUUAGUUGUAGAAUUUCUACUUAAGAAUGCAAAGGUACUGGAGAAGAUGGUUAUCACUGAACCAUGGGUCAUGCAAAAUGGAAUACAUAAUAUGCAACUUAAAUUUCUACAAGUGUCUCAAAAGUUGUUAAGCUUCCCCAGAUCCUCUCCUCAUGCAGUGGUUAUGUUCCCAUUUUAGUAAAAUCAUUUUAAGUUGUUCGAUGCUCUUAAAUGAUGAAAUUCUCAUAAAUUAAUUGUAGUUAUGUAGAUUAGUCUGGUUCAAUGAACUAAAAUCUUGCUAUGAUUUGCUCUAGCUUCCAAUUUCAUGUACUUAUGUUUUCAUUGUGAUGUUAAACUUGCUUUAAGAUGCUAAAUAUCAAUGGUUAUGUUGCUUAAUUUCCAUCUCAAUUAAAGGCACUUCAACAUGUUUGGUUGUGUUGUUAGAGGAACUGACCAAUGCAUAUCUUUUUGGCUAAAUACCAAUACAUCUCAUUAUCAAUACAAAACGAAACACAACGAAUUUAGAUUAGCUGGAGGUGCUGCCUGUGCUUGUUGGAAGUCUUGCAGUAGCUGCAUUUUCUUUUUUCACUGCUAAGGUAGACCGACUUAGUCUAUGUUUAUCAGCUCCUCAUUUAAACCCUUAUGGAAAUGAUGGAUACACAUUGCCGCAGCAUCUCUACGCUGAUGAUUUUGUUUCUGAAUUGGAUUUUCAUUUCUGCGAAAUUAAGCCUAAAGGGCUAGUGGGUUGGAGUUCACUAAAGUGCUUGUGUAUCGGGUACAUGGCCUUGUCUGAAGAUGUGACAAAUAAAGCGUUAAUGGGCAGUCCUAGACUUGAAUUCUUGAAAUUGCAAAAUUUUGUUGACUUUAAUCGGUUUGAUAUAUUGUCGGAGAGUUUGAGAAAACUGGUGAUAGAUUCUUGUUAUUAGAAAUGCCAUGAGCCGAUAGAAUUGGAAAUUGUGGCUCCAAAGAUCGAGUCUUUGGAAAUUCUGGGGAAUUUUUAUGGUAAGAAGAAGUGUGAGAUAAAAGGACGGGUCUGCAUUGGUUGAGGUUAAGCUUGAUUUCGAAAUAUCGAUAGAUUAUGAACUUGACGAGGAGGAGGAAGUUCGUAAAGACAGCAUAGAAGUUGUGAGUGAACUUUUUGAGAAUCUGCAUCAAGUGAAGAAACUUAUUGUUGGCAAAUGGUGUCUAAAGGUUGGUUUUUCUUGAUUGCUCUUUUCUCUCUAUCAUUUUUUUUUUCCGCAAUACUUCAUGUUUUUCUUGAAUGCUAAUGUUGAUUACCAUUUGCAGAGACAUGAAUGUAUCAACAUUAUAUGAUUUGUAUCUUUUUAUUGUUGGUAGUCUCAUUACUUUGCUAGGCCUGAAUAUAGAAUAAAACACAGCAUCUGGUUCUCUUUUUAGAGACAAAUU